AAAGGCAAAGUUGAUGUUUGGUCUAAAAGGGAAGAAGAAGAAGAAGGUCCACUCAGACUUGGUGCUAGCAAACAAGGCGGCCCUGGAUAGUGAAGGGGAGGUCAGUUCUAAAGCGUCUCAGCUGCUGGAGGGAAAAAAAGAUGAGGAUCAACAUGAAAUUGCUGCCAUCAGAACCAGAAUCAUGCCUGACAGAAAAAGGUCCAAACUCAACACUUGUAUCCAAGACAGUGAAGCAAAACCUCAGAGCUUUCAGAUUGCUAUUAACAUCACUGAAGCCAAGCAGCUGUUGGGUGAGAACAUCGACCCCAGUGUGGUGAUUGAGAUUGGCGAUGAGAAAAAGCAGACUGCAGUCAAAGAGGGAACCAACGCACCUUUUUACAAUGAGUAUUUUGUGUUUGACUUCAUUGCCCACAAAGAGAUGUUCUUCGACAAAGUCAUCAGACUGACGGUCAUACACUCUAAGAUGCUGAGAAGUUUCUGCAUCGGCUCCUUUAAACUGGAUGUGUGGACAGUCUACAAACAACCAGGUCACCAAUUCAUCAACAAGUGGGCAAUGCUGACAGUCCCUGGUGACAUUAGCACAGGUUGCAAAGGUUACAUCAAGUGUGAUAUUAGUGUCUCUGCAAAGGGCGAUGCCAUGCAGCCCGGGAUUAAAGCCAGUGAUGCAGAGGAGCAAAUAGAAAAGAACCUCCUGAUGCCGGAAGGAUUCCCGUCAGAACGUCCCUGGGCUCGUUUCUCCGUGAGGGUGUAUCGAGCGGAAGGUCUUCCCCGCAACAACUCCAGCAUCAUGGCCAAUGUCACCAAAGCCUUCAUAGGAGACAACACAGCGCUCAUAGACCCUUUCGUGGUUGUUAGCUUCUUCAAACAAAUGGGUCGUACUUCCACGCAGAAGUCAAAUGCAGAUCCAGUGUGGAAUGAACAGAUCGUCUUCACAGAGAUGUUUCCUCCUCUGUGCCAGAGGAUGAAGAUCCAGGUUUGGGAUGAAGGAAGUGUGAGUGAUGUUGCCAUUGGAACCCAUUACUUUGACCUGAGGCGCAUUUCCAACGAACAGGAUGGUGACAGAGGUUUUUUGCCAACUUUUGGCCCCGCCUGGAUAAACUUGUAUGGCUCCGUCAGAAACUCUCUGGGUGAUGACACUGCUGAACUUAACGAGGGCAUUGGAGAGGGAGUCUCUUAUCGGGGGCGUGUCUUUGUAGAACUGGUGGUGGAGAUCUUAUCAGGCGGGACAGGCCCAGCGUCCAAACUUGCCCGUAUGGUGAAGCCUGUAAAGGAUGCCAAGGUGGUAAAGGCCACAGGAAAGGAUGGUAAGACCCCAGCAGGUGGAGGAGCAGGCACGGGGGGAUCUGGAGGUACAGGUGAUGACGACAAAGGGAAAGCGGCUGCGGACGUUCUACCUGUGGAAUGUCCACCGACAAACAAAGAUAACUUCCUACUCUUCGGAGCUUUGUUUGAAGCCACGAUGAUUGACAGAAAGAUCGGAGACAAACCUAUCACUUUUGAAUUCUCGCUGGGUAACUGCGGUAACGUGCAAGAACCUGCGGGCCAGCCCGGCCUGAGCGCCCCAAGUCCAGCCCUCGGCCGCAGGAGACAGGCACAGGACCUCCCUGACAGGUCCUCCCCUUCCUCCCCACUGUUACCCAGAGAGCCUCAAGACCCCAACAGGACCUCUAAGUCCACCACGCGUCCCCAGAAACCGCUUCCCGUCGAAGGAAACAGGUACUACAUGUAUUUGCCUCUGGAGAAACAGAAGCCAUGUAUCAAUGUGUUGAGUCAGUGGGAGGACAGAACCUACCGCCUGUACAAUUCCAACAUGCUGGAGAAUAUAACAGCCCUGUUUGAAGAAGGAGUGACCAGGGCAGCUGAACUCCACAGGAAGUCGCAUCCCGGUGCAGAGCAGACACUAAAGAUAACAGUCAAAGAAUUUUGCCAAGAUGCAAGGCGUUUCAUAGCAGCAGCAGCAGCCAAGUUGAAAGCUGAGUUUAAGUCCAACUACCUGACGGAGCUGGACAGGAAGCGCCUCUCAAUGUGCAAACAGGAACUGGAAAGUAUGAUUGGCGAUGCUCAGGCUCUGGUGGAGAGGAAGCGGAAUUCAGGCGGCGUGAAAGAAGAGCUCCAGGACGCAAGAAAACUCACACAGAAACUGCGCUUCUUAGUGCAGGAGCCUCAACAUACAGUGCCUGACAUCUUUGUGUGGUUGUUGAGCAACAACAAGCGCGUCGCGUACGCUCGCCUCCCGGCCAGAGAUGUCGUGUUCUGCGGCAGUCGGGAGGCUCGAGGAGUCCAUUGUGGAAAAAUAGUAACGCUCUUCCUCAAGCCGCCAGGGAAGCGUGUGACAGGAUUAUCUGUGCAGGCCAAAGUUGACGUGUAUUUGUGGUUUGGAUCCUGCGCGGACUCCGUUCACAUGCUGGACGACUUGCCUGAAGGUUUCAAUGCCGCCACAGGGGGCGCUGACUCCAACAGCCCCCCCACUCACCUGACGUGUACGGAGCAGCAUCAGUUCCAGUUAAGGUGUCACAUGUAUCAAGCACGCGGGUUGAUUGCUGCAGAUAACUCGGGCCUGUCUGACCCUUUUGCCCGAGUGAUAUAUUUGUCACACAGCCAGACCACCAACGUGAUCAGUCAGACUCUCAGCCCCACGUGGAAUCAGUGCUUGCAGAUGAGUCCCAUCGUGCUGAGUGGAGAUCUUCAACACAUCCAGGAGGAACCGCCGAGGCUCAUCGUUGAAGUGUACGACGACGAUGCACUGGGCAAGGCAGAGUAUUUGGGGGCCACGGUGGCGUUGCCUGAGGUUCGCCUGCUCUCUGAGUCCUACACGCCACCUAUUCUGCAGUACAGCCCGCUACACCAUGCCAGCCAAUCAGGAGGAGAGCUGCUCGCCGCUUUCGAGCUGGUUCAGAUUCCCAUGUCUGGAGAGCAGAGUCUGCCUCCCUUAGAGGAACAGGAAGGAGGCAUAUACACGGUGCCUGACAACAUCAGACCUGUCCUCAGUACAUACAGACUUGAGGUGUUAUUUUGGGGUCUACGAGAGCUCAAGAAGGUUCAGUUACUGUCUGUUGAUCGCCCUCAGGUGUUCGUAGAAUGCGCUGGAAAAACGUUGCGUUCUUCUGUCAUUCAGCGGUACAAGUCUAACCCCAACUUCACCACGCAGGUUGACACCAUUGAGCUGGCGUUACCGGAGAAUGAGCACCUCCACCCUCCGCUCACCAUCACCGUUGUUGACUGGAGGGCUUUUGGUCGCAGCACGCUGGUUGGAAACCAUGUCAUCAACAACCUGAUGAGCUUCAAAUACAUUGCCCCCCCAGCCCCGCCUGCCCCCACACAGACACACACACCACCUGCAGUAACGUACAUCCCGCAACCACAAAAAGCUGAUGAACCUUGCCAGCAUGCUGCAGAGACAAGCUCCACGGUGGCAUCAGCAACUCCCGAUGUUCUCAUCACAGUUGAGGAAUUGACCCCUGAAAAGACAGCACCCAUAAGGAAAAAGGAGAGUCGCAAAAAGAGCACCCAUCGUUCCACCAAGCGAAGGAGGCGGACCAUCGCAGACGAGUCGGCAGAAUCCGUCAUUGACUGGUGGUCCAAAUAUUAUGCCUCUGUGGAGAAACGGACCAAGAAGACAGAAGGAUCUCCAUUUCCACAAGUUUUUGAAAAAGCUUUGCCGUACCACAUCUUGCUCAGCGAUGGAAUAGACUCUUUAGUGAGCAGCUCAUCGGAUGACAACAAGAAAAAGAAACAGAAGGGAAAGGGAAUGCCGGAACAGAACCUGAACCUGAGUCUAAGUCUGCCCACCAAACUGGCCACACUGCAGCUAUACAACAAGGAGCUGGAGGCAGAGUUCGGACCCUUUGACGAAUGGGUCAACACAUACGAGCUGUUCCGUGGGAAGGCCAAUGAGGAAGAGGGUUCGACAGAGGAGAGGUUCGUCGGCAAGUUUAAGGGGCGCUUCUGCUUGUAUAAGCUCACUGAAGAUGAGGAAGACGAGUGGGAAGAAGACGAUGGACACCUCAGAGUCAACAGAGGGAUUCCGCAGAACAUGCCAGUUCAAGUCCUUAUUCGGGUUUACAUCGUCUCUGCAUCAAACCUGCACCCAGCUGACCCGGACGGAAAGGCGGACCCUUAUGUUGUUGUUCAGCUCGGCAAGAAUGAAAUCAAAGACCGCGACAACUACAUCCCGAAACAGCUGAACCCUGUCUUUGGAAGGUCAUUUGAGAUUCAGGCGACAUUUCCUCAGGAGUCUCUACUGUCAGUGCUCAUCUAUGACUAUGACAUGGUGGGAGGGGACGACCUGAUAGGGGAGACCCGGAUUGACUUGGAGAACCGCUUCUACAGCCGACACCGAGCCACCUGCGGACUGCCUACUGAGUACAGCCUUGAAGGUUAUAAUGCCUGGAGAGACUGUCUGAAGCCAUCUGAGCUGCUGUCGAAGCUGUGCAGAGAAAAUGACGUGGAUGGUCCUCACUUCAGACCAGGAUGUAUCACUGUGGCCAACAAAGUCUUCACUGGCAAGACUCUCUUUAUGCAUGAAGACGAGGAACCGAUGGAGUCCUAUGAGCACUUGUCUCUGAAGAUUCUGCAUCGUUGGGCUGAGAUCCUGGACAUGGGGUGCAAACUGGUACCAGAACACAUCGAGACCCGGACGCUGUUUCACAAAGCUCGGCCUGGAAUGGAUCAGGGUCAAGUUCAGAUGUGGGUGGACAUGUUUCCAAUGGACCUACCUCAUCCCGGACCUGCAGUGGAUAUUUCCCCUCGCAAACCCAAAGGGUAUGAACUGCGCGUCAUCAUCUGGAACACUGAGGAUGUCAUUCUGGAGGACAGCAACUUCCUGACUGGUCAAAAGUCCAGUGAUAUUUACAUCAAAGGCUGGCUGAAAGGUUUGGAGGACGACCGCCAGGAGACAGACGUCCACUACAACUCUUUGACUGGGGAAGGAAACUUCAACUGGCGCUUUGUUUUCCCUUUCAGCUACUUGCCUGCUGAGAAGGUAGUGGUGGUGAAGAAGCGAGACAGCAUUUUCUCCCUGGACAAAACCGAACAGAAGUUGCCCGCCAUCCUCAGUCUUCAGGUGUGGGACUUUGAGACGCUCUCCUCCGACGACUUCCUCGGCACAGUGGAGUUAGACCUCCACGGGUUCCCACGCGGAGCAAAGACUGCCAAAUCGUGCAAGGUGGACGUCUUCACGGAUGGGAUGGAGAGGAUCUCCAUCUUCCAGCAGAAGAGGUCCAGAGGAUGGUGGCCUGUCAGCAAGUCUGGAGAGCUGACGGGGAAAGUGGAGGCGGAGUUCCACCUUGUGACAGCUGAAGAGGCUGAGAAAAACCCAGUGGGCCGAGCCCGCAAGGAACCGGAUCCGCUACCCAAACCCAACCGUCCCGACACCUCCUUCUCGUGGUUCGUGAACCCCUUCAAGUGUUUCUUCCACCUGGUGUGGCGGAACUACAAGAAGUACAUCAUCAUCGCUCUGGUGCUACUCGUCACGGCGCUCUUCCUGGCCCUGUUGCUCUAUACGCUACCGGGCGCUAUCUCCCAAAAGAUAGUGAAUGGAUAACACAGUACAUGCAUACAAAGCUAUAAGGUAUCAUUUGCAUUUACAUUCAUUCUUAAUUAGGAUCCACUUAUUUGUCUGUAACCCACACAGGGUGUAAAUAAUUCAAGCCUAACUAGUUUUCUGUCUAUUUGGGCUGUAAUAGACAGACUGCUUAUACUUCUUUAAAAUCAUAGACAUCACCCCGGUUCAAAUGCCAAGGUUUUUUUGUUGAAGAAUUGGGAUCAAGAUCAAUUAUUUCAAAACCUUUUCCACCUAUAACCUGUACAACUCACUUCAAUCGUUUUAGGAGGGGAAUUAAAAAUAAAUAAUGUGGUUGCACAAGUGUGCAGACAGUCAUAAUUGGGGAUGUGGCUGUGUUCAGAAUUUACCUUUCACAUUCAAACUCAUGUUAAAUGAGUCAGCACACAGCUGUGACCCUCAAUAGGAUAAGCAGUGUAGAGAAUGGAUGGAUAGUUAAGUCUGCAGUUAUGAGAGUGUGUAGACUUGUGCAACCAAAUUAUCUAAUUUGUCCAAUUUUACUCACACACAAGAUUUGUUUUGCUGAGUUCAUAUAAUACGGUAAUUUAUAAUGGUAGUAAAAGUUUUGAAACUAUCACUCAUUUUUUUCCCCACAAAAACCUGGCGUUUGAACAGGGGUGUGAAUUUCUGAUGUAGUUGGACUUUGGUUUAAACAUGGCAGUUCAUGUUUUAUUGUUAGAAUUAUG